GCAACCAUUCUCCAAUCUCUUGUUUACAUGUACACCCAAAAUUCAUACUUUUAUAGCGUAGAUAAGGUAGCCAAAUUUACCCAAAUCAAAUCCAAAUGGCAUCCAUUACCACUACCCAUGAACAACAAGAAGAGGAAGAACAGCGCCAGUAUGCCAUGCAAAUUGCGAGUGCAUCACUACUGCCCAUGGCCUUAAAGGCAGCAACAGAACUAGGCGUGCUCGAGAUUUUGGAAAAAGCUGGUCCUACUGUCCAGCUUUCCUCUUCUCAAAUUGCCUCCCAACUUACUAUCCUUAACCCCCUGUUGCUCGACUGUAUCCUCCGCCUUCUCGCCAGCAAUCGUGUGCUCACAUGCUCUGUAACCUCCAACGGUCAUGAUGGCCAGCUUCAUAGCUUAUAUGGUUUAGGACCUGUGGCCAAAUACUUCAUCAAAAACCAUGAUGGGGGAUGCUUGGCUCCCCUUCUAGCUAUGAUACAGGACAAAGUUAUGAUGGAAACUUGGUACCAUUUAAAAGAUGCAGUGGUUGAAGGAGGAACUCCAUUCGAUAAGGCACACAAGAUGAACGGCAUCGAGUACAUGGGAUAAUCAUUUAGUCGGUGGUUUUUUGCUAUUGAAAUUUUAUUCACUAACAUGGUAUCAUAAUUUUGCAUGGAACAGUGGAUACUCCACAUGUGGGAUGAUCAAGACGUCAUAAAGCUGUUAAAGAAUUGCUAUGAAGCUUUGCCAAGUAAUGGGAAAGUGAUAGCAGUGGACAUGGUAGUUCCAGAAACCACCGGAACUAAUACUGCAGCUAGAAGCUUGCUGCAGACAUGUUUGCUGCUGACAAGCAUGAACUCCAAGGGAAAGGAAAGAACAUACAGAGAAAUCCAAACUCUGGCCAAAAAGGCAGGGUUUUCUGAGGUUCAAGUUGCAUGUUGUGCUUAUAAUUUCUCAGUUGUGGAGUUCCUUAAACACGUUUGACUAUGUUAUUGUUAAGCCACUCCUUGUCUCCCGAACUCUCAAGUCUGUUUGGCAUCUUAAGCAGCCGAUUUUAUGCAUCAGAGCUUUAUCCUAUCAGGAAUUUAACCCAGAUGUUCUAUAGUACUACGAAUUUAUGAGCACGGUGUUGUGGUUACAAUACCAGAUCAGAAUCUCCAGCAAUUACAGAGAGAGCAUUUAAGUAUUCUAUUUUACAAGGCAAAUACACCAUUUUACUUUCAGUUACUUCUCUUAGCCAUCUCUAAUCCCAGGUUUCCAAGAACCCAUGACUUAUUAGCGAGCUACUGCUGCAACACACUGCUUCCAUCAAUUUCAUAAACUAGACUAGCAACCAACUUUUAACUCAUACAGAACUCUAAGAAGCCAAGAAGCUGGUUUAGCCUUGCUACAGAGGAAAUUAUUGCAGCCUAAUUGCUAAUCUAGAAUGGCUUCAACCUUACUCCAUAAUUUACCCCCCAGCUUUAUACUAGGAAAUAAUCGCAGAUGAGGCUGAUUAAGGUAACUCUUGAUCACAAAAGAUAGAGAGUAU